UCCCCCUCCCCUCAUCCCCCUAGCCCAGGUGACUCCACCGUCACCACCGCUUCUCCCACUCCUCUCCUCCAGUCCUUGUCGCAAUUGAGAGAGAGAGGGGGAGAGAGAGGGAGGGGAGAAUGCGCUCACUCUCCCCCUCCCUUCCGCUCCCUCCCCGUGGGGAGAGUGAGAGCGUGGGGUGGGAGGGAGGACACAGGCAGUAGGAGAGAGGGAAGAGAGAGAAAGAAAGAGGUGUAGAGAGAGAGAGAGAGUCAGAGAGAGGUGGAAGAGAGAAAAUAAUCGAGGGAGAGAGAUCAAGAGAGAGGGCGGGGGAGUGCGAGGGAGCUCCGUGGAGCUCGCCUGUUCUGCGUGCGGUGCUGGAGGAUUCCUCCGCUCCGUUGUCUCUGCUCCGUUGUCUCCACUUCGCUGUCUCUGUUUUCGCAAUGGACGCACGGUGGUUGGAGCGAGCCGCCUCGCUCUGCGGACUCUGCCCCAGCACUGCGGGCUGCCUGCAGCUGUGCCAGGCGCUGAACGCCUGCGACAUGGAAAUCGACCAGAGGCUGCUUGACUCGCUGCCUCCGAGCCAGCGCCAGCGGAUCGUCAAGCGGCUCCGCUCGGAGCAGCUCCGUGCCUACAACCAGCGAGAGAGGGACCAGCCGCAGCCGCCUCCGCCGUCACCGCCGCCGCCACCGCAGCAGUCCCACCAGGAGGUCCCGGCGCUGUCCACGCGAGUCCGCGUGGCAACCACCGCGCCAAAUGCCGCCGUUCUCACUUCGAUUGCGGCUCUUAGACGGCACUCGGUGCAGGACGAUGGCGGCAGUGGCAGCGUGGUGCGUGGGGCGGCCGGAGGGCCGGGUGCGACGGUGGCGGCCUCGGCGGCGGCUGCAGCGUCGAGGGGGAAGAGACGCGCCGAGCGGUGGCACCGCCGAGUGAGGUUUAGCGCCGGCGUCAUCGCGCGGGACGCCAUCGAGAGGAUGGAUGACAAGGAAGUGUUUGCUCUGCUGGACCAAGGGCUGGACCCGAAUGAGACGAGUCCCGUGGGAGACUCCUUCCUGCACCAGGCGGCGCGCCACGGGAACGAGGUGGCGGCGCUAGCGCUGCUGGGGAGGGGGGCGCGCGUGGAGGAGCGCGACGGCGACGCGUGGACGCCGCUCCACGCGGCUGGCGCCGGGGACCAGCCCCACCUCGUCGGCCUCCUCCUGCACGCUGGGGCGGACCUCCUGGCCACCGACUGCGACGGGCGACUGGCGUGCGACCACACUCCACGUGGCUCCGAGAGCGACACCAUCGUGCGAGCGUGGCAGAGCCACAGUGGGCUGGCAGAGUUGGCGCUGGAGGAGGCUCGUGGGCGCCGUGACGCCGCCACCCUGGCGGGCGCGCGGCUCCUCGUGUCAGAGGGCGCACACAGGGUGGACCAGCAGGACGAGCGCGGGGUCACCGCGCUGCACACCGCCUGUGUGUUUGGCUGUGUGCCGGCGGUGCGGCUGCUGCUGGAGGCCGGCGCCGACCCGGACCGCCCGGACAGCACUGCCUGGGGGCCCCUGCACUUAGCAGCCAAAUACGGACAGGCCAGGGUGGUGCGGUUACUGCUGAGGCACGGAGCCGACCCCACAGCUCUCAACUGCAACCAAAAUCAGCCAGCCGAGGUGGCGUCGUCGGACUUCGUCCGUGAGAUGCUGGUGCAAGGCCAGGAGGAGUGGCAGGAGAGGGGGGGGCGGCCACGGGGGGCCGCGGUGGGUGGCACAGGGGUGGGGGAGGAGGAGCAGGAGGGGGGGGAGCAGGAGGGGGCGUACGAAGAGAUCCUACACGACGACUUCGUGCCAGCGAAGCGCCGGGACCCGUGGGGGCCCUCCCCGAGCCGGCGUGACGCCUGGAGGGAGCGCCGGGCCAUGUUCGGUGAGGGCCCAGGGCGCUCCGAGCCGGCGACGGUGGUGACGGCGGCGACGACGGCGCCGGAGGAGGCCGGAGAGGGCGGAGAGGCAGCCACCUGCAACGGAAACUUCACCCUGAGACAGGUGCGUCUGACGCCCCCGUCCCCCAGCGACGACGUGGCGACGCUGGAGGAGCUCACGGAGAGGAGCCUCCUAUACGAGCUGGAGAAGAGAUUCCAGCGGCAGCAGCUCUACACAUACAUCGGAGACAUCCUGCUGGUGCUCAACCCCUUCCGGGAGAUGUCCAUCUACUCCAAGAUGGUCUCCCAGCUCUACCUGAGCCACUCUGGCAAGCUGUGGGCGACGCUGCCCCCGCACGUGUUCGCUGUCGCCGAGCGAGCAUACCACGCCCUGCGCCGGGAGCGACGCUCGCAGGGCUUCAUGCUCAGUGGGGAGAGCGGCUCGGGGAAGAGCGAGAGCUGCCGGCUGCUCAUCCAGCACCUCCUCCACCGCUCGCAGGCGCCCGCCAGUGGACUCGCCGACAAAAUCUCCCACGCCCACACGAUCCUAGAGGCGCUGGGAAACGCGUGGACGGUGCUCAACCCCAGUGCCAGUGCCUUCACCAAACAUGUGGAGCUGCAGUACAGUCACGUGACCGGCUGCCUGCUGGGCGCCAGCGUGCGUGUCUACCUGCUGGAGACUUGGCGCCUGGGCUGGGCCCGAGGCUCCGGGUGGAGUUUGGCGGCGUUCCGGCUGCUGCUGGAGGGGCUCCCUGCAGAGCAACGAGCGCGCUACUGCCUGCUGUCUGCCACCGCUCACCGGUUCCUGUCCCAGAACGCUGGGGGGCAGCAGGGGGAGGGGGGUGAGGGUGCGGCUGCGGUGGGCGGCACUUCCGAGGCCAGGCACAGGUUCCUGGCCUUCCAGGAGGCCCUGGCGGCCUUCGGGUUCACAGACGCCGAGACGGAGUGCGUGCUGGCGCUGCUGGCUGCCGUUCUGCACCUGGGCGAUGUCCCCAUCACCCCCUCCCCCUACGAGGACGGCACCAGCUGGGCUCACCUGCCCUCCACGUGGCAGCUCCAGAUGGUCGGCGGUCUCCUGCAGGUGAAGCCCAAGGAGCUGGGAGUGGCGCUCGCAACGAGCAGUCGCAUCGUCAGAGGUGAGAUGGUGUGCCGCCGCGUGCUGGUGAGCGAGGCUGAGCGAGUGAGGGAUCUGCUUGCUCAGUCUCUCUACUCGCGCCUCUUCUCUUACAUCGUCCACCUCGUCGACACACAGACGCGAGCGCAGCACAAUGGCGAGCUGGUGCGAGGCAUCGCGGUGCUCGACUACCCCGGCCUGCACACGUCCGGCGGUGGUGGCACCAACACCAACACCUUUGAGCAGCUGUGCUCCACCUUGCUGGUGGAGCGCCUGCAGUACCACGCACACCGUGCCACCUUUGCCCUGGAGUGGAGCCAGUGCCAGGAGGAGGGCAUCGCCAUGGAGACGACCCCACCUCCACCACCCAGCAACUGCCAAGUCUUGCAGUUAUUCUUCCAGGCCCCUGGCGGAUUCCUCUCCCUAUUGGACGCUGAGUCGGAGGCUGCCAGCCAAUCGGACGAGGUGGAAGGAGGCCUGCCGUGCAGGCUCCGCCUCCUGCUGCAGGCCACGCCCCUCAGAAACUCCGUUGCGUUGGCGACCCACGACGGCAACGGAAACACGCCGCCCACCGGGGAUUGUGGGAUCUCGUUUGUGGUGCGCCACUUUGCUGGCAAGGUGACCUAUGACUUGAGCGGGGUCGUAACCCGCAACAGGCUGGAACUCCCACACCAAGUGACCUCACUCCUGAAAGUGAGUCCCAGCGUGCUGGUGAGCCGCCUGUUCCGCGCUCGCCUCUCCCGCACCGGCACCCUCGCCGACUGCGCUCUCUCCCGGCACGCACCGGGGAGAUCCCAUAAUGCACCGUCGAUGCCGCCCGCCGGUGGUGCAGCCUCCCUCGAUCCUGCCAGCGUCGCCGGUCUUCCGUCCGAACGCGACGAGGACGAGUUUGGCGAGGCUGCGUCUGAGCAGGUUUACUCGGGGUCCGUCCACUCAACCCCGACUCGCUGCACGCAGCUCACAUCCUCGGUGCGUGAGAUCCUAGGCCUGCUGCGUCCGUGCAGCCUGCACGUGGUGCUGUGUGUGCGUCCCACCGCGGCGGCCCCCCGAGCCCUCCCCACGGCAGCGCCCCCCCCGAGCCCUCCCUUCCAUCCUGAAGUCGUCGCGCGGCAGCUGAGGACGCUGGGGGUGGUCGCCAUGGCGCGCGCUCGUCGCCACGGAUACGCGGCACGCGUCCCCAUCCCAGAGUUCCUGCAGAGGUACGCCGAGCUGACGGCACUGGUGUGGAGUGCACGGAGACCCGGGCAGCGAGACGCUGACGCGUGCCAGGCAGUGCUACAGGUGGCAAAGCUCCAGGGCUGGCAGGUGGGAGUGUCGCGUGUGCUGCUCAAGUACUGGCAGGGCGACCACCUCGCUGCACUCUGCCUGCAGCUGAGACGCAAGAUCGUCAUCUGCCAGCAGGCGGUGCGCCGGUUUGUGCACUGGCGGCGCCGCUGCCGCACAAUGAGUGUGCACCGGCAGGAGGCGGUGGUGACACGCGAGUUUGUGACAGGCGUGGAGGACGCGUGCCUGCGUGUCUACGACUCGCUCGUCAUCCAGAACGCCUCAGACAUCGCGCGUGAGAGUGACCGCCUGCGCUCCGAGACGCACCGCGCCUAUCUGCGGGAUAAGCUUCAGCGGUGGCGCCGCGAGGAGGAGACGCGGCAGCGAGCGUCGUCUCCGCUCUCCCCCGCUAGAGAGCCGGCGCCCCCAUGGGGUCCCCUUCCCGACGACGCAGGGACCGUCGUCGCCCGGCAACCGUUGCCGCGGCAACGUGCAGAGUUGGAUGGCGGCGAUGGCGAAGUGGGGACCGUGGUUGCACGGCAACCGUGUCCAUGGCAACACGGGGACGAGGAGGAGGAGGAGGCGAUGAUGAUGAUGCAAGGGUGUCAGAGGGAGGAGCGUGAGGCCACGCCCACCCCAGCAUCUCCAAUGCCAAGGCGACGUGCGGAGGAGGGAGGUGGGUCCCCGUUACCACGGCGACGGGCGGAGGAGGGGGGCGGGUCCCCGUCACCAAGGAGACAAGCCCCUCCCCCCAAGCCCAAGAGGGAUCCCGGCACCAGGCUCAGCCAAUCGACGGAGGCCGUGAGCGGAGGCUCUGCCCCCGAGGAGCCAGCCAGGAGCCCUGCUGAGAACGGCGCAGGAUCGGGGAAGCCGCGGCCACACAGCGACGAGUUCUGCUCCAUCAAGAAGCAGCCGCCUCCCAAGCCCAAGCGACACCCGGAGACGCGGCUCAGCAGCUCCCAUGAGGACAUGCGCCGGCGCGCCGGAAGCGCCGGUGCCGAGAUGGAGCGGGCGCGCUCCUCCUCCUCCGCCGCCACCACCGUGCCUGCGAGUGACUCCCAGCUGCUCCUCCACCAGCAGCACCGGCAGCAGCCUCACAAGCAUCCCCAUCAUCAUCAGCAGCAGAAUCACCAUCAGCUAGCUGCCGCUGUGGCAAGUUGCCCGUCGGUAACGGCGCUGAGAGAUCAAAAAUCUGGUCGCUCGUCCCCUCCAAUGCCAUGUAGUACCAGCGGCCGUCGCUUUGCGGAACUGGAGCAGGCGGCCCGGCACAGUGACAGUGCCGGUGACGGUGAGGAGGAUGAGGAGCCGGUGUACGCCGAAAUGCUGUGCGUCGCCGCGCCGACAGACGGGAACGGCAAGGGCGGCGCCAUCGCCCUCGCCGAUGGUGCCUGCGACGAUGACGACAACGAUGACGAUGAAGAGGGAGAUGGAAUCUAUGAGGAGAUGCGGUUCGUGGCGCCAGAUGAUGGGCCAGCGCCGGAGUCAGCGGAGGCCAGCGCGAUCCCGGCGCCGUUCCCAGACCUGCCCCCAUACCGCCCGCCCCUGCUCGUGUUCCCGCCGGCACCGACGCGCUGCUCGCCCAACUCGGAUGAGUCCCCGCUCACGCCCAUCGAGGUGACGCGGCUCCUGCAGCUUGAGAGCACGGGCAAGGGGCGAGCCGAGCAGCAGCAGCGGGGGAGGGAGCACAGGACUAAACACCACCACAACCACCAUCAGAAGCACCACAACAACCACAGGCAACAGCAGCAGAGUCACGCGGCGGUGGCGAUCGCCGCAGGUGAGAAUGCGACGCCGCAACUUUACCGCACGCAGUCGGCGCAUGGCAAGAUUGGGCACGCGGACGGUGGGGGUGGUGGCGGCGGUGGUGGUGGCGGUAGCGGUUUUGGUGGUGGUGCGCCUGCUGCUCAGCAUCCGCUCGGCGCUCAGCAGCUGCCCGCCAAGGGCGCCGGCUUUGCGGCGACGGCGGGGCAGGCGGCACUCGCGUGGCACGGCUACCCCACGAUGCCGCGACUCCGCUCGGCGGAGAGAGGCGGGGAGGUACCGGGGUCGCCGGGCCAGCAGCUCGUGAGGCCCGGCAGCCCUGCCGCACACGCAGGUGCACAGCGCUUGGGUGGUGGUGCUAAUGGUGGGGUGGUGGUGGUACUUUCGUGAGUGGUGGUACUAGUGGUCAGUCAACCCAUAGCACCUGCGUCUGUCCCGUGACCUCCCGCAAGCGGGCGUUGGAUGCUUCACGUGGCCUCAAAGUGCGCACAGUCUGGCACAAGCACCAUCAUGACGUCACCGCCAAUUAGUGGCAAAUGGCGGGUUGUUGCUAGUGGUGGUGGUUCUAGUGUUUUUUUGCGGUGGUGUGUGGUGGUGGUUGCGGUGGUAGUUGCGGUGGUUGUGGUAAUUGUGGUGUACUCAUACUCUUUGGUUUUUUCGGUAAA